AUGGAGGCCGAAGGAGAGGGCUCAAAGAUCUUGGACUAUGUGGUCAGAUCUCUCAAUGAGGAGGAGGACUUUCACUUCCUCCGUCUGGAGUUUCUCCAGCGCCUCAAUAUCGUCGAGCUACAGCUCAAGCUGGUGGCACUAAAGAAGCGCAUUCAGCGGAAGCAUGUAUCAGAUGCCGAGUCACUCGAGGAACUCAGAGUUGGCCUGAAGCAUUAUGCGACGGCCAUACGCGACUAUCAGUUUCUCAGGAACAUGAAGAGCGUGGAAAAGACGAGCAUCCCGCAUCGCAAACUUCUGCUACAGAGGUUCUUCGACUCCGAGCUGGACUUUGACGAUCCGUUCGAGACGCACUACGCGUACUGUCAGGACGUCAACGCAAACAUCGACCCCAUUCGAGAAUCUCUAAUGAAGUACAUCCCCGACAACCUCGCCUUCUCGCGGUCAAAGUGCCUCGAAAAGGGCGAAGGCGCGUUCCCCGAAGGAAAGCCUCCCCGUACAGUCUCGCCGUUUGUCGACCGCCUCGCCCGGUUCAUCAUCUCUUUCAUCGGGCCGGUGUUUCUCGUCGCGCCCAUGAUCAUCAUGACGCUCGACCCGUCGCAAACAAAGAGCUUGGUGACGGUGUCUGUUGCCGUCAUCAUCUUCUCUCUGCUUCUGUCGUUUGGCGUCCGCGUUUCUAAUGUCGACACGCUGGUCUCUACGGCCACGUACGCUGCGGUGCUUGUGGUGUUUGUGGGAACUUCUACUGGCAGCGGUGGUUCAUGA